UAUUUUUAACAUGAGAUGGCAUAUUUUGGUAUACUUCUGAGGUAUAUUUUUCCGAUAAGUCAGUAUAUUCUAUCGACACAAAUGAUAGCAAUGGAUGAGCAGCGCAGCGACAAAAUCUAUGGCGGAUGCGAGGGUCCAGACGCCAUGUAUGUCAAGCUAAUUUCGUCGGACGGCCAUGAAUUUAUUGUAAAACGGGAACACGCUCUCACCUCUGGAACCAUCAAGGCGAUGUUAUCCGGCCCAGGACAAUUUGCCGAGAACGAGGCUAAUGAAGUGCACUUUCGGGAGAUUCCGUAAGUUCAAUCCAAACUGCAGUCCCGCUAGC